UUAUUCCUCUUUGGGGUUGUUAGAUCUGCUGACCUAAAAGCACUUCAUUAAACUUCUUCUAUCAGAGAGGUUCCAGCACACAGGACUGAUCGAGCUCCAGUAUAUCAUAUCUGUAAAGUCAUGUGACUCAUCACAGCAUCAGAAUAGACAAGAAUUCACUGUGAGCUUCACAUCUCAUUACAGCUAAUGGACCAAUCAAAUCAGUCCACAGCUUCAAAACAUCCAAUCAGGCGUGAGUCUGGACCUGCUUUUCUACUGAACUCACAAGUUCAUUACCUCACUAUCACUUUGUCUAAACAGGAACGAUGAUCACACUCUUUGUCGCGCUUUACUCUCUUUUUUCUCUCUGCACAGCUGUAAAAACUUCUGACAUCAAGGAGCUUCAUGUGAAAACAGUAAAGCGUGGAGAAAAUGUAACUAUGGAGUGUAACAUGAGCAAGGACAAAAAAAAUGUACUUUUGUACAAAUACAGUUUUGGAAAAGUGCCUCAGUAUUUUGUAAGACGUUACGGGCAAAGUUACACAGUUGUUGAUGAAUUUAAAGAUAGCCACUUCAGUAUUACUGAAAAUGACCAAAAGUUUUAUCUCAAUAUUAUCGGAACGAGAGAAGAUGAUGCAGGAGACUAUUUCUGUGGAGAAGUGGAGGUAACUGCACUAAAGUUCACAUCUGGAACACGUCUGCAAUUUGAAGGUGAAGAGAUGAAACACUCUCCUACACCUGGAACGGUUAACAACAACACAGAUUCUGUUACACGCCAGGAUUCAAACUGCAGCCCUCAAAAAGGAGACAACUUUUGGAUUAUUGCCUUAACAAUGUCUCUGUUAUUUGUAUCUCUCAUUGUAAACGUGGUUCUGCUUGGAGUUUUAUAUAAAAAUCAGAGAAAAGGUGCUUCAUCAAGAAACCAUCAAACUCCCACCAAUCAGGCUGAUGAUGAAGAUGUCUUGAACUAUGCAGCUGUGAGUUUUGCUAAGAAACCUUCAUCCUCCAGAACAUCCAGAGACAAGAGCCAUGAAGACGUUUAUGCACAAGUUAAAAUAAAAUAGAUAAAGACAAAUGACUUCAGACUUGAAACACAACCAAAAUGUAAGUGUUAUUGCUGUUUCCAUGGUGACUCCUAACAUCAUUAAUCCACUGAUUUGCUUCUCAAAUCAUUCAUCCACUGAUUUUGCUGAUCAAAAUCCUACACCCUGCUGUUUUUUUUUUCUUUCUUUCUUGAAUGAAAGUCUUAUAUUUGGGAUUUUUUCUCAGCAUUUUCUCUUGCACAUGAUUUCUAGAAUGUAAAAGAACAUUUUGUUUGAUUCUGAAGGUUAAAGUAUUAAAGAACGGCUCAUGGUUCACAUCUUGCUUUAACUUUUGUUUUUAAUUUAUUUUGCUUUGAAACAUAGGAGUUUUAUAAAGAGGAUAAAUCUGGUGAAUAUCGUAAUUAAUGUAGAUUAUCUGAACAUUUAGUAGUCAGUACAUCUGUAAAUGUAAAACUUUUAUACAUUUGAACAAUUUUCCAGAAAUACUGAGGACCUUUAAGAGGGCUGAGUAUAAAGACGAGUGUUUACUGCAUUACUGAUGAGAUUCCACUGUUUAACCUGAAAUUAAUCUCCAGGCAAUAAAUAUUCAAUUUCAUUAGAAAUGUAUAUUGAUGACUGAUGAAGUGUCGAGGUUUUCCUUAUCUUAAUGUUUUUACACAAUUUACAUUGUGCCUCCUUAAUAAAUUCCACAAAUGCCAUAUUACACUGUGUGUGUCAUCAUUUUGUUAAAGUCCAUUAUCGAUGUACCUAAUAGUCCUCCCUGAUUAUAUUCAGAAACUUAUGUGAGUGAUGUUCAUGAGCAUAGAUU